UUGGUGUCAAGAUCACUGUUAGGUUUCGUUAGUCGCGGAUGAAACCGAGAAAAUGAACAACGUCCCCUACUCGGUGGUUGUCCAGUGUUUGUUAUUUUCCAUUUUGUGGACCGCUGCUCAAGCCCUUACCUGUACCAACAGUUAUGAAAGAAACCUGUUUUCGGCAGAUCGUUACUGCUUUAACGGAUGUUGCACAAACAGAUGUUGUAGCAGCGGAUGGUCAGACACGUACACUUCAUUUUCCAAAACCAUCUAUUUGAGUGGAUGGGCAAUCGGUGGUAUCGUUGUUGGCAUUAUCGUUGUGGUGAUUAUUGUGAUACUCAUCGGGGUGUGCUGUGCUAAUAAGAGCCGUGCUGGUCGUGUGAUUCAUCAUGGCGUUCAGCCAAACGUCAGCGUAAUCACCACAAGUCAACAACAACAGCAACCACAGCAAAGUGGCUACGGGGUACAGUACCCGCUUCAGGCUUACCCUCCUCCAGGUCCAGGCAUGAGUUCUGGGUACCCAGCAUAUCCGGACACGAAAGGGCCACCUCCACAGUAUUAAUCUACAAAUUCUUCACAUCUUGAAAUUCGACUGUGCGUGACUAUAUUACCUUCAUGCUGCUCUCUAGAAUUUCAACUGCGUGUAAUACGGCGUCCUUCGACACACCGUUAAUGUUUUGCAAGUUGGCUGUGUUAGGCCAGCUGUACGUUGUGAUAUGUGCCUUGUGUUGUACUAUAAAUCAGUUUUUGCUAAAUCUUCAUACCAACAGUGCUAUUUAAUUUAUUUAUUGCAGAGCAUAAUUUUAAUAUACUAUUGUCCUGUUUAAUUAUUUGAACACUAAAUUUAGUUCUUGUUAAAAUUACAUUUAAUUCUUA